UGGAAAUUCUGUUUAAUAAUCUCUGUCGUUCGUGUUAGACAAUAUGUUGCAACACAUCAAACCCUCUAAUUACUUUGACUAAUUGCUUUGACAAAUGUCGACAAAAAUGACUUACGAAAUUGCAUUAACAAUUCUUUGUUUCUGCGAUAUUCCAAGCACUAUUACUGGUACUAUCGAUACAACAAUUGAUUAUAUUAAUGAAACAACUACAGAAUUUGCUACAACCACUUCCAUCGAUAUGGAUUCGUUACUGGAAAAUAUCAGAGACGUUGGUUACUACCUCAGAGCUCACAAAUUCAACGAAUACGACAGAAGAUACGAAACUAACAGCACAUUAGCAGAAAGGCAGUAUUUCAAACACUUUCCUCGACCGCCUUUGCGCUCGCUACAUUGGGAAGUGCACAAGCAUUGCGAACCAUCGUUCAUGGAAUGUCUCGAUUACCUAGCGAAGAAAAUUCGCGGUGUUGCAGCUCGAAGAGUGGACGAUACAUCGGAAAUAAUGAUGAAGCAAAAGUGGAAUUGGAAGAAGAACUCCGCUGAAAUAAAGCAAGUCGACGAGGAAUGCAAGAAGAACAAGCGCAUCGAUGAUGUUAUUGCAGAUCCAUUUGAAGGUCCGUUGGAAAGGUACCAAUGGAGAGUAACCGCGAGUUACUUCAUGUGCUGGUACACAACGAAAGGUACUCCGGAAUUGAAGCGUUUCUACGAAAAAUGCGACAACUUCGCCAAUUGCUUAGACGAAGAUUUUGGACCUUAUAAUGACGAUGAUAGAGUUGAAGAUCUUAAAAGUUUCAGUUGCGCUUCAUACAGUUUCUGCCCAGAUCCUUGUUGUCCUUUAAAACACGUUAAUCUAAUGAAAGAUUGCUACGAAAGUCCGGAAAAUCCCUGCUACAGAUCCAACGCGGCCGGCAAAAGGCAAUGCAAACACGACAUGACCGAAAACACCGAGUUUAGCGAUAUCAUCCUGAACAGAUGGAACGUGACAUGCCGUUGUCCCCAACAACGCGGAUACGAAUGGAAUUCCCGCUAUGGAAUUUGUAUAGACUUGGAUGAAUGCCUAUCGAAAACUCAUAACUGCAAGCCGAAGGUGGAGAGUUGUCUUAAUUUACCGGGAAGCUUCAGGUGCAUUUGCCAUUGGGGCUACAUUUGGGACGAGGAAAGCCACGAGUGUUUAUCCAGCACGGCUCUAUCGAUGUUGAAAUUAAAGAGAAAACAGACGAGAAAAACGCGCCAGAAACUCACCGCCUGGCAAAAAUUCAAAAACAUCCUAUUCUGGAGAAACUCUAGCUAAACGCUCGCAUUGGGCUAUUAGUUUGUAUCGACAAUAAAUUACUGUCGCGAA